AUGAACGACAUAGAAAAUGGAUAAAUUGAGGAUGAAGAAGUUCCUUUAAGUUCAAAUGAAGUGAAAUAACUAAAACGAAAAAAGGGAAGCCAAUAUUGCUUUUGGUUUAGAAAUGAUGAGCCUUUAAUUACUAUAGGUCCCCAUUGGCCUUUUCCUUUAUUUCUAACCAUAGUUUUGAUCUUAGGAACUUAUUACAUAGGAUUAAUAUUUUAUAAAAGCGAUAUAUUAUUUAGAAUAGUACAAAGUUGCUCUGGACUCUUUUUAAUAUUAACUUUCCUAAUAACUGCAUUAAAAAACUAAGGCAUAAAUUACAAAUAAUCAAAUACAGCAUUUACAGAACAUUGGUGUUCAAUUUGCUCCAUGCACAAAUCAAAAGGAACUAUACAUUGCAAAGAUUGUAAUAUUUGUAUAAGAGGGUACGAUCAUCAUUGUAUAUGGAUUGGGAAAUGCGUUGGAGAAGGAAAUUAAUUUGCAUUCAAUGUUUUUAUUUUGGCUUUUCUCGUUUUUUUUCUUAUUAAUUAUGUUCUGUUGUUAAUUUGA